CGUUCGACCGCGGCGAAAAGUUGGGUGCGAUCAGCCAAUAUUCGUUUGGACGAACCACAGCGAAGAAUAUAUUUCGUACCAAGGCAAGUGGCAUGGACCGAUCCAAGACGCUGGCGCUGUACCGCGGGAUCCUGCGGCUCCACCGACAGAAGCUCGAGCCCGUCAUGCGCGUCCUUGGCGACCGCUACGUGCGCGACGAGUUCAAGCUGCACAAGACGGCCAAGCCCGAGUUUGUCAAGGGUUUCCUCGCCGAGUGGGAGUCCUACCACGCGAUGCUCUCCAAGCAAGAGACGCUCUUUGGCCAGGACCUCAGCGCCGAGCACCGCAAGCUUCUCGACGACCAGCAAAAGCAAAAGCUCGACGAGCUUCGCGUCGCGGCCACCAAGGCCCACGAUCCGUAGUCGCCAUCCACACGACUCAGUAUAUUCCACCUUCUUGAAGCUCAUCUUAGGCAGUAAUCAACUGCUGCGCUGGCUGGUGAAACCAAU